CAACAACAACCUCAAAGACGUCGGUUGAUUUUAAAAAUGUCUGCUCCACUGCUUCUGAGAGCUUUUGUGAAGGAGCGACUUUCUGCUGCAGCUGAGGAAAUAUUUCAGUUCUUUGAGAGAACAAUAGAAACAUACGAAGAAGACGCUACGAGCUCUAAACAGGAGAUUGAGAGACUCACGCGUCUGCUGCAGGAGUUUUCCAACCAAAGAGUCCUCUCUCAGGCAUCCACCUGUAAAGAGGAAACUGAGCAGGAGCUGAGCCUCACUCACUAUCACAGAGAUCCAGAUGAUCAAGCCAUUAAAGAGGAGGAUCAGGAAGUUUGGGUCAGUCAACACGGAGAACAGGCUGAAGAGUUCCAGGAUGUCAAUCAUUCAUAUCAACCUCAUUCAGUUGUGUAUGAGACACGUGAGCAGGAGGAGGACACAAAACCCAGUUUACUACCUCAGACUCAAAACAGUGAAAGUGAGAAGCAGUUUGGGGACUCACAAGAAACUAAAACUGUACUGAUUGUGUUACCCUUUGCGUCGUUUCAACCCUCACAAUCUCCCAUGCAAAAUAAGAUGGUCCAAGAUGGCCCGGAAAAUGACGAACCUACUGCCAGUUUUAUGUCAAACCAAACAAAGUCAGAACAAGACCAGAGCACAAUUAUCAUCUCCAAAGAAUCCUCUGAGAGCUCUCAUUUGAAUUCACUCCCACCCGGGCACCACUGCCUUCUGUGCCAUCAAUCAUUUUCCUCCAAACAUUACUUGAUAAAUCAUGCUCUUCGCAUGCAUUCAAAGGACGAAGGUUUUGUGUGUGCUGUGUGUGGGAAGGCGUCGGAGUCCACCGAGAGUCUCAACAUGCAUCUUAAAUCACACGUGAGCUUAAGAUGCUGCCACGUAUGCGGCAAAUACUGCAACAGCGCCAACGCUCUGGCGGAACACAUGACCAGCCACACCGGGGUGAAGCUGCACCGCUGCCACGUCUGCGGGAAAGAGUGCGCCCGAAAGGGAGAUUUAAAGAUACACAUGAGGAUUCACACGGGCGAGAGGCCGUACUGCUGCUCUCUGUGCAAUAAAACGUUCACCCACAGCGGACACCUGAAGAAGCACUUUAGAAGCCACAUGGAAGACAGACCGCACCGGUGUGACGUCUGCGGCAAAGGAUAUCUACAAAUCGCACACCUGAAGUAUCACUUAUCCACUCAUGCACAGAACUGAUUUUCAAUCAUGCAACAGAUCCCUUUUCUAAAACCUAGAAAUGUGACUAUCAGCUGAGCAGCAGCACAUUUAUCAGCUGCUUAUAUUUACUCUUUAUUUACUUUAUAAGAUACAAAGGACACCUAAAUGUGGAUUCAAAUGGCACCUCAUAUGUUUUGCUUUCUCAUUGAUUAUUUUAUUUCUUCUGUGUUCAUAUAUUUUCACUAAGUAUAUUGUAUUUGUUUUACUCAUUAGCUUUUUUUGGUCGUUACUGAAUCACUUUGAACUGCAUUAACCUGUAUGACAGUGCCACAUAAAAUAAAGAUGGGUUUAUUGAU